AUUGCAUUUAAAUGUACGGUUUAUCUUUUUGUGUUGUUGGUCAGAUUAAAAAUAAGAGUCAUUGUUUGUCAUCCACACACAGAAAUGACGGCGAGACUCCUGUUGGUUCCGCUUCAGGACCCCCCACGGUGAACGGGACCACGGCUGGGCCCAAAAAUGACGAGGACAUAAUCCUACUUUCAGACGCCGAGUCGGAGAGUCUGCUGCUCCCUGCUUCAGCCUUGAGUCAGUCCAAGCCGUCUCUGUACCCCAGUGUGGUUCUGUUGAGGACCAAGGUGGAGCCGGAACAGCAAUCAGUCGAAGGGUCCAGUCCCGAUAGAGGCUCCUCUGGGGGCUCCUCCCCUCCUCGCCACUCUGAACCGCUCUACGUUCCCCGCACGGCCGCGGUCACCAACUCGCCCGUUGACACCGCCGGUCUCCUCCUCACGUCCGCCUGCCCCACUUUGGCGCCUCCCUCUUCCCUGAAGCCCGGCUUCGACUCCACCAGCUUCUGGAAAAGCUGCAACGCGGCAGGAUGCACACAGGUCCUCUUCACGGGUUUCCUUAACGAGAUGAACGAGAUCUGCAGCAGAAUUCAGUCGGACCGGGCCAGCAGGGAGGAUUACGACCACGCACUAACAGUGAUGACUGCUUCUGGGAAACUGCCAGCGCUCGUGGCCAAGCAGCAGGAAGAGUUACAGAAGGCAACAGCUGCUAUGAAGGUGGUCGCCUCAGCACUGAGGAUGUGAGUCUGUAUUUAAGUCCGACUGUGCCAUUUAAUCUUUUGUACAAAUUGUCUUCCCUUUUUACGAUCACCUAAUAUUUAAACAAAGGUAUGUGGAAAUCAAAUUGUACCUCAUGUGUAGAGAAAAUACAAUUACAGCCCAGCUUUGAGUUGUCAGAGAAACAAGUCUGAUGUGACAAGUUUACUGUAAAUAGGAAAUCAAAGAGCUGAAAUAAUGUUGUUUUUGGAAAGAAUUUUCUGCAUUCUUAAUUCACAGCAAAGUCCAUGUGGUCUGUUUUAUUAAUCAAAGAUGAAUGAAUGUUGUUACAAGAGUCAAGUUGUUGCUGUAAAGAUAUGUGUCUAGGAAUCUUUUUUUAAGUCCAAUACACCAUGAGUCUUUAAACUAUUCCUACAUGAUCCUCAGUAGGGUUGGGUAUCGUUUGAAUUUGAACGAUUCCGGUUCCCAGCGAUUCAGAUUCUUUCAAGAGGCAGGGUCAAUAAAGUUUAAGUUUAAGAUAUUUUAAAUGAGCUAGCUAACCAAGGGUCUUUCUGAAGGAAAUAGUCUGACCUUCUCCAUCAAUGUUAAUUCUAUGAACUUUUUUUUUUAUGCACUUUCCUCAAGAGAUCUUUAUUUUUGAAACCUCACAAAAACACAUCAACAGAUACUGCAGGUACUUAAACGUUACCUUGCUCCCACUUAUGGGCUAAUAACCCAUGGAGCCAGAAGAAGAGGCAGCGGAGGACGGUCGGUGCAGCGCGUCACAGACGGGGCACACAUAGGGUGCCAACUCUCCCAACCUCAAAUCAGGGACACUGACGGCAUUUUGCCAAGUUUUCGGUUUGUUUCGAAAAGUGUAACCACACGUUCGAUCGCUCUGUUAUGCCAACACUUCCGGUUGAUGUUCACCGGUUUCUAUUUCCGGUCGGCGCCGGCGGACUGAGAAUCAAAACUAGGAAUCGAAUUUUAAACAGAUUCCAAUCGAUCCUCGAUACCCAAGCCUAAUCCUGAGGAAAUGUAAAGCGACUCCAACAGAACGAUACCUGUUGAUAAGUGCAUGCAACUUCAAGAUGACUCCUGAUUUGCAUUUUUAUUAAUACAAAUCUAUGAUUGCAAAGGACACUAAAACUUGCAAUUUAUAAUACUCAAAUAAAGACAUUUUUGUAAAUUCUCA